AUGUCAUAUUACGAAAUACUCGGUAUCGCAACCGAAGCUACGGACGAAGAAGUUCGCAAAGCUUAUCGGAAACAAGCUUUACUAUGGCACCCUGAUAAGAAUCGACAUAGACCUGAAGAGGCAGAAGUCAGAUUUAAACAAAUAGCCGAAGCAUAUGAAAUAUUAAGUGACUCUAAUAAACGUCAAGUAUAUGAUACAUACGGUGAAGAUGGUCUUAAGAAUGGUGGCAGCGCAAGCGCGUUUGAUGCAGGAAGCGGGGCGUUCCCAGGAUUCAUGUUCCAUGAUCCUAACGAAAUAUUUAGACAAUUCUUUGGCGUCGACCCAUUUUCUGGCAUGUUUGGCCCAGGAGUAUUUGGCGAUCCGUUCUUCAAUGGUGGAUUUGUCCAACAGCAGACUCAAUCGAUGGGGAUGAGUCCAUUUGGAACACUCCCAUUUGGAACACUCCCAUUUGGGGGAUUUCCCUCACUGGGGAAUGCAUUCGGAUCCUCAACAUUCACCUCAUUUAAUUCAUUUUCGGGUGGAGGUGGGGGAUUUGUUUCAGAAUCCUCGACAACAACAAUUAGAAAUGGUGUCAGAACGACUACCAUAAAGAGGACCGACGCACAGGGCAAUGUAACGCUUAUCACAGAAUCGUCUGAUGGUACCCGAACAGAGACCAUAAAUGGGGCACCGCAGUAUCAAAUUAUGAAUAGUCAGCAAAAUUACGGAUAA